AGUGGUGUGCUGGGUAAUGUUGACCUGGCUCUUGCGGGGCGGAAGGCAGGGAGGCUCUGAUUUGUACGGGGUGCUGGUUUCCGUGGUGUAAAUCCUCCCACAGUGGCUGGUUUCAAGCUACCAAUAUGAUGUCACCCAGUGCAGACUUGGGAAGAGACGUCUAUGUUCAGCCCUCCAGAGCCAACAUGAGCAACUCCAGCACAACACUGGGUGGGUGGCAACCUCCAGUGGGGCUCCAGCGGGUGAAAACCUCUUUGUGGCCAGCGCCCAAGGAUGGGGGGAGUGGAGAAUCAAAAUGAUGGGACAUCUCGGUGAUCACGGAGGAGGAGAGUUUCAGAGAGGAAAAAGAGGCCACGCACAUUCUCUGCUGGCCAGCGGCAUAGAAGGAAGAAGUUGGAGAAGCUGCUGGAACUGGUGCCCCCCUUCCCUGCAUCUCACCCAUCACCCCUGGGGCCCCUGGCUCAAGGCUAUCUCUGCAGGUCUGGGGCUCUGUCUUACGAAGCAAGGCAGGUUCCGAUCAGAGGCUCGUUCACCUGCGCAGAAGGAGAAAGGGCUGGAGAAGACAGGACACUGUGUUACAAGGGCAACGUCAUGGCAGAAUCUGGUCUGGGAAGCCACCAGGCCUGCCAAAGUCACCCUGGGUCACCGGCAUGAAUUGGGGUGCCAAGAUCCUUUUUCUGGGCCCCAGGACAUUCUGUGGGGGCGGAAGGGCACCUCCUCUCUGCCCCAGGUGGGAGCUUGGUCCCAGGAGAGCUGCUCGUUUGUGGCCCUUCCCGUGAGACUCCAGAAGAUUCCCUCCGGCCAGAUCAGGGUCAUAGCAACUGAGAACAAUGCUGGACAGGCCGAGCGAGCACUGUGUAGGGGCAGGGGGUCUGGGAGAGCGUCAGAAGCUGCUGGGGCCGGUCCUACCCAAACUGGGCCACUGGUGGGGCCUUUCAUGUCUGCCUUCCUCUCGGGGCCUGCCUUUGCCUCUUCCCACCCCACCACCCCCAGUGCGGCAAUUACGGCGCUAAUUAGGGCGCUUUGAUCAUCUUUAGAAAUGGCUACAUCGGGGAGAGACGCUGCCAAGCAAUUAGGGGCACAGGGGCUGGGAGCUCGGGCACCUCCUCAGGGGGUGGGGCUGCCGAGGACCCUCACACACCCCCUGCCCUCCUCCCUCCAGGAGUGUGUGCCCCCAGCACAGUCCUAAACUCCUCAGGGAAUAGAGGCAGAUGGGACUCCCCCCGCCAUCAGAGCCUCGGAGACAGGGCCAGCCCCUGCCCACCAGCCCCCCUCUGCCUGGCCCCCAGCCCAACUGUCAGCUCUUCUGGCCUGUCCAGGCCCCUUUGAUGGAGCCGCAGAAACAAGGGUUCCUUUGACAGAAGGGGGGCCUCAGAGCUGGGACCGUGGGACUUCAAAGGUGAGGGUCGAGCCCCCAUCCCGAUCCCUCCCCCAGCCCUGGCCCCACUCCCGAGUACCCCCCCAGCCUGUCCUCUAUAUAGCCCCCCAAGCCCCAGUCCCCUGUGGGCUCCCGGGAGUUAAGGGCCAGGUGAGGGACCGACUGAGGGAAGUGGGUGAUUUUGAUGUACGAGAACAGAGUCGGAUGAUUUGAGGGACACGAAUUCAGGGCCCAGGGACAGAAAGGCAGUGGGAGGCAGACACCCAAGGAUAAGCACCUGGAGGGCAGACUCCGAGGGGGAAAGAGGACGGGGUCGCUCGUCCUGGCUGUUGGUCACCAUGCUGCUGCCUGUGCUGCUGCUGCUGCUGCCCUUCCCAGACCUACCGUCUGUCGCUGGGCACCCACUGUACAUGCGCCUGCCCCCUAGCACCCUGCAAGCUCUGUCAGCCCAGGGGACGAAAGCGCUGCAGGCUGCCCAGAGGAGCGCCCAGUGGGCAGUAAAUCGAGUGGCAAUGGAGAUCCAGCACAGACUGCACGAGUGCAGAGGCUGUGCCAACCACACGGUCCCGUGCCCGGGACCUGGGCGUCCUAGGCCACAGGCGCAGGAUCCAGCCGCCCCAGGGCCGUGUGGCGAGCGGCGCCCGAGCACUGCCAACGUGACGCGUGCCCACGGCCGCAUUGUCGGAGGUAGCGCUGCGCCCCCGGGGGCCUGGCCCUGGCUGGUGAGGCUGCAAGUCGGGGGGCAGCCUCUGUGCGGCGGCGUCCUGGUGGCGGCGUCCUGGGUACUCACCGCGGCGCACUGCUUCGCGGGCGCCCAGAACGAGCUUCUGUGGACGGUGACGCUGGCCGAGGGCCCCCGGGGGGAGCAAGCGGAGGAGGUGCCGGUGAAUCGCAUCUUGCCCCACCCCAAGUUUGACCCGCGGACCUUCCACAACGACCUGGCCCUCGUGCAGCUGUGGACGCCGGUGAGCUGGGCAGGGGCCGUGCGCCCUGUGUGCCUGCCCCAGGGGCCCCGGGAGCCCCCAGCUGGCACGGCUUGCGCCAUCGCGGGCUGGGGGGCCCUCUUCGAAGACGGGCCUGAGGCUGAGGCGGUCAGGGAGGCCCGAGUGCCCCUGCUCAGUGCUGACACCUGCAAAAGGGCCUUGGGGCCCGAGCUGCACCCCAGCAGCAUGCUCUGUGCCGGCUACCUGGCCGGGGGCAUCGACUCAUGCCAGGGUGACUCCGGAGGCCCCCUGACAUGUUCUGAGCCUGGCCCCCGCCCCAAGGAGGUUCUGUACGGGGUCACCUCCUGGGGGGACGGAUGCGGAGAGCCAGGGAAGCCCGGAGUCUACACUCGAGUGGCCGUGUUCAAGGACUGGCUCCAGGAGCAGAUGAGCGCAAUCCCCUCCAGCCGGGAACCCAGCUGCCGGGAGCUUCUGGCCUGGGACCCUCCCGCGGAGCCGCAGGCAGACGCCGCCCCGCCGUGCGCCUUCUACUCCCGCCUGUGCUCCGGGCCCGCGGUCGCCUGUGCGCGUCUGGCGCAACAGCAGUGCCUGCAGCGCCGGAGGCGAUGCGAGCUGCGCUCGCUGGCGCACACCCUCCUGGGCCUGCUGCGGGGCGCUCAGGACCUGCUCGGCCCGAGCCCAGGGAUGCGGCGUCUGGCCCCAGCCCUGGCUCGCUCCGCUCUGUCGCUCCUAGAGCCUCCCAGGCACCCUGCCCGCGAGCAGCGGCUACAUCCAGGAUCGCGGGCUGCAGGCGCGCGGUUCCCGAAGCGGAGACCAGAGCAGCGCAAGGAAGGGAACGGCUGCCCUGGGUUGGAGACGCUGCAACAGAAGUUGGCCACCCUUCAAGGCACCCAUGCCUGGAUCCUACAGGUCCCAUCAGAGCACUUGGCCAUGGACUUCCAUGAGGUCCUGGCAGAUCUGGGCUCCAAGACACUGACCGGCCUCUUCCGAGCCUGGGUGCGGGCAGGCUUGGGGGGCCAGCAUGUGGUCUUUGGUGGCCUGGUGGGCCUGGAGCCAGCCACGAUGGCCCGUAGCCUUCCCCGGUUACUGGUGCAGGCCCUGCAGGCCUUCCGCUUGGCCACCCUGGCAGAGGCAGAGGGACCCCAGAUGGGUGCAAGGUAGAGUGGGGGGGCACCACCCACCGAGCCCUCCGAUUCCUUCGGCCCGGGGGCCAUGAACCACAUCUGGACCCCUAACCCCCCCGUCAGGACCUACUGCUCCCAGGGGCUCCUAUGAUGACAAACUGUCACAGCCACAGUUGGCUGGGUGUGGGGGGCGGGGGACCUGGGUCCGUGUGUCUUUCCGUGUGUCUUCCCAGAUGUGCCAUCGGAAAAUCACAGCUGCUUCAAUAAACAUUAUUUAUGACCUACA